CUUUUUACCGCUCCAGCUGAGUCGUGACUGUGCAACCCGUUGACAGAGACUUUGGCAAAGUGCAGGCUAACGGUGCUGUUAAGACUUUACACGCAAUAGGGACAUCCCGAGCGCCACCACCGAGCUACCCCUGAGUUAACCCGAGAGUUUCGUGUGAGCCGGCCGGUGAGCAGCGCAGCAGAAUCCUGGGAUUCACGGCGAACGACAGCAAAAUGGUCAACGAAUACACGGGACCUCCUCCGCAGGAGAUGGAAACAUUCCUGCCUCGAGAUGGCAAGAACGGCACUACUGUGUACAAGUUCACACCAGCCAAACCGGAUGUCGAGGCUAACGCACCGUUCGAUCCGUUCAAGGAGCGGAAACUGGAGCAUCCAACCACCGAUGGCGAAACGUUAACCCAUUUGCUGAAGGCAUCCCUGGGAACGGGUAUCCUGGCGAUGCCGGUUGCCUUUAGUUACGCCGGGUUGGCCGGUGGCAUCAUCGCCACCGUGUUUACGGCUUUCAUCUGCACGCACUGCGCGUAUGUGCUGGUCAAGUGUGGCCAUACACUGUACCGUCGCACGCACCGGACCGCUAUGAGCUUCUCCGAGAUAGCCGAGGUGGCGUUCGAGAAUGGACCGGCCUGGGGCCGCCGGUGGGGCAUGCCUACGUCCUACUGCAUCCGCUACGGUCUAUUCGUAACGUACUUUGGCACGUGUGCUGUCUACACCGUCAUCAUUGCCACCAACUUCCAGCAAGUGAUUGAGCACUACGGCUACCCAGUGAACCUACGUGCCAUGAUUGCGCUCCUGCUCGUGCCGCUCAUCCUGCUGUCGUGGGUACCGAACUUGAAGUACCUGGCACCGGUUUCGAUGGUAGCCAACGUGUUUAUGGGCGUUGGUUUGGGCAUCACGUUCUACUAUCUCGUCACGGAUAUGCCGUCCAUUGACGAGCGGCCACUAUUCCUCCCCGUCGUACAAUGGCCCGCUUUCUUCGCCAUCGUCAUCUUCGCGAUGGAAGCCAUCGGAGUAGUGAUGCCGUUGGAGAAUCAGAUGAAAACGCCUCAGAACUUUAUCGGAAUCUGCGGAGUGCUGAACCAGGGCAUGGCCGGUGUAACGCUCAUCUACAUUUUGCUCGGAUUUCUCGGUUACGUCAAGUAUGGCGAUGCGGCACUCGGUAGCAUCACGCUGAAUCUUCCAACGGAGGAGAUUCCCGCCCAAGCCGUCAAGAUCCUGAUCGCCCUCGCCGUGUACUGUACCUUUGGACUGCAGUUCUACGUUUGCCUCGAUAUUGGUUGGGUCGCCAUCAAGGAUCGUUUCACCAAGCGACCGCGGCUGGUAGAGUACGUGAUGCGCACGCUCCUUGUGACCGCCGCCGUACUGCUUGCCGUCGCCGUACCAACCAUUGGCCCGUUCAUCGGCUUGAUCGGUGCUUUCUGCUUUUCCAUCCUCGGUCUGCUCAUACCAAUCGUCAUCGAGAUGGUUACGUACUGGGAGGAAGGCUUUGGACCGGGCAACUGGAUUGUGUGGAAAAACGUGGUGGUGGCACUGUUCGGAAUCACUGCACUAGUCUUCGGCUCCAAGAGCUCCAUUCAAGACAUUUUGGCUCUAUACUCCUAAAACGUUGAAAUAAUAUGAAGACUAGAUUUUUCCAA